AUCCUUCACACGGGAACACUGAGGCACAGGGGCUACGGGGCUCUUGGUCCCCGGGGUCCAGCCUGGAGGCCUAAGGGAUGGUGGGGGAGGCAAGAGGCCGCUCUGCUUGGCUCUUGGGGUGCUGCAGCUUUGCGUGGCAGGGCCGCCGUCGGGGAGCCCGCAAGCUGGAUGGGGUGUCGUCUGAGUCCAGGGCUGUGGCCUGGAACGCUCCAGAGGGGACCUGUUGCCAUUUCUUCUAACGGGCCGCUGCUUCCUCCUGCGCCCGUCUUGCACGGCUAAAGCCUUUUGUUUAGUCUUCUGGAACGGGGAAGUGAAGCUGAUUGUCCCCCAGACGCUCUGGCGCAAACAAAAGCGGACGACGAGCGGGAGACACUCAGCGGGACUGUCUGCAGGGCUAGCAGGGAGAGCGUGGUUUCCUUGCCUUCGCACUCCUCGCUCUUCAGAGCCCACCUGGGUGCACAGAGACCCUGCUCCUAAGUUUGGAUAAUCAGGAGCGGUCACAACAGAUUGCUUGGCAGCCUACACAGGACAGGAUUGGAUCCAGUGUGGACAAUUAAAUCAAACCGAAGGAGGCUUGUUUGUUCUUUUACAUAGUUGGCUCACGGUGGCUCCUCAGGCGCCUUCAGGAUGCCUGCGGCACUUGUAGAAAACAGUCAGGUCAUCUGUGAGGUGUGGGCCAGCAAUCUUGAGGAAGAGAUGCGGAAGAUCCGUGAGAUUGUCCUCAGCUACAGCUAUAUCGCUAUGGACACAGAGUUCCCAGGCGUUGUUGUACGGCCAAUCGGUGAAUUUCGAAGCUCCAUAGAUUACCAGUAUCAGCUUCUGCGGUGCAAUGUUGACCUUCUAAAAAUCAUCCAGCUGGGCCUUACGUUCACCAAUGAGAAGGGGGAGUACCCAUCUGGAAUCAACACGUGGCAGUUCAACUUCAAGUUCAACCUGACAGAGGAUAUGUACUCCCAGGAUUCCAUAGAUCUGCUUGCAAACUCAGGGCUGCAGUUCCAGAAACAUGAGGAGGAAGGGAUCGAUACACUGCACUUUGCAGAGCUGCUUAUGACGUCGGGAGUGGUUCUCUGUGACAACGUCAAGUGGCUUUCAUUUCACAGUGGCUAUGAUUUUGGCUACAUGGUAAAGCUGCUUACAGACUCUCGACUGCCGGAAGAAGAACAUGAGUUUUUUCACAUCCUGAAUCUUUUCUUCCCGUCCAUUUACGAUGUGAAAUACCUGAUGAAGAGCUGCAAAAAUCUGAAGGGAGGCCUUCAGGAGGUGGCUGAUCAGUUGGAUCUGCAGAGGAUCGGAAGACAGCAUCAAGCAGGCUCAGACUCUCUGCUGACAGGGAUGGCUUUCUUCAGGAUGAAAGAGCUAUUCUUUGAGGACAGUAUUGAUGAUGCCAAGUAUUGUGGGCGCCUCUAUGGCCUGGGCACAGGAGUGGCCCAGAAGCAGAAUGAGGAUGUGGACUGUGCCCAGGAGAAGAUGAGCAUCUUGGCCAUGAUCAACAGCAUGCAGCAGUGAUAGUGCGUGCACAUGCCGCCUGGGCCGUCUGCCCAGCAUGCAGCAGUGACAGUGCGUGCACAUGCCGUCUGCCCAGCCACUGACCUGCAUCUGCUCCAGGCAGAGACUUCGGGUUUUUGUUUAAAGAUGCCUUUAUUUUAGAUCCAGGAGGGGGUUUGCUCUGAAUUUGUAAACAAGUCUUCCUUGUCCUCAUGCCCACACCCCUCUGCUGCCUCCUGCCACCAGCAUCCAUGGCUCCAUGGACACUUUUUUAAAUCUCCACGAUGUCUGAAACAAACCAGUAAAAUGUCUAUGACUCUUACAUGUUGUCAUUCUUCUUCUUUUGGCUUUGCUGCUCUGAUGAAGUUGCUCAGACGAGCUGAGGCUGCCAGAGAAUAAGGUGUAUGUUCUUGGGAAGCAGGUCUGUGCCAGCGGGCUGUUUUGCCUUGUUUGUGCUUCUUCAGGACAGAGCAGUCCUGAUGAUACAGUAAUUGAUGGCCCGUGCUGAAAUCUGGAGAGUUUUGUCUCCUUCCCUGUUGUUAGGCUGUCCCGAGCCUCCCUUGUUCACCUUGGUUUUCAGAUGAACUGCCACAGACUAGAUCAUGCUCUAAGUCCAUCGUGUUCUCAGCAGAGUGAUCUGUCAGCUGUGCUCUCUUAGCCGCCAUUUCCCAUCUGUAUUUAACGAGCCUGAGCUGUCAAGAGGUGGUAGAGCUGAGCUCUGGAGGUGGAGUCUUGGGGAAGACCCAGGAGUGACUGUGAGCAGGACAGUAAAGGAUUCUCCUCAGAACCCAUCAUCAUCCACCCUACAGCUGGGCGGGCUUGGAAGCCUGUUGACUGUGCUUAAAGUUAGGCAUUUAGGAAGCACACUGCUUUUUAAAUGACUACAGAAAGAAAAAAAACUUCUUUGGAAGGCAGAGACAGAUGGCAGCAGCUCACUUAGGCAGGAAUGGUCUUACCUUUUAAAAGCUUGUGGGAAACUGAAUUUGAAAUGACAAAAUGUCAAGUAUUAAAGCUGGUAUUUAAGAUGCUUGUAAAUAUUAUUUAUGUUUUUAAUUUUGUAAAAUAAA